AUGGGGAGUAUAGAGCCUGAGGGCAACCCUCCCUACUUUGCACGCGAGCCCAUUGCGAUAGUGGGCAGCAGCUGCCGUUUCCCCGGUGGCGCAACCUCUCCAUCCAAGCUUUGGGAGCUCCUAGAGAAACCUCGAGACGUCUUGCAAGAAAUACCAGCCACUCGUUUCAACACCAAAGCAUUCUACCACCCAGACAGCCAGCACCACGGAAGUGCGAACGUCAAGCAUGCCUAUCUUCUCGAUGAGGACCCUCGCGCCUUUGAUCGCGACUUCUUCUCCAUUAACCCCAAGGAGGCUGAGGCCAUGGAUCCCCAGCAACGCUUGCUUCUCGAGACAGUAUACGAGGGCAUUGAAUCUACUGGUUACUCUACGCAACAGCUUCGGGGGUCAUCUACCGCGGUGUUCGUUGGAUGCAUGAGCUUCGACUACCAGUUCACUGCCAUCCGGGGCAUUGACAGCCUGCCUCAGUACCACGGAACUGGUACUGCCGCAUCCAUUUUGGCUAACCGCGUGUCAUACUUUUAUGACUGGAAAGGUCCCUCAGUGGCCAUCGAUACAGCCUGCUCAUCUAGCCUGGUCGCCCUGCACCAGGCAGUUUCUGCCCUUCGAAAUGGCGAGGCCGAGAUGGCAGUCGCAGCGGGCUCAAAUCUCAUAAUCGGACCCGAGCCAUUCAUUAGCGAAUCCAAGGGGGAGGGCUUCGCGGCCAUCUUCCUCAAGACACUCAGCCAAGCUAUCGCCGAUGGUGAUCACAUUGAAAGUAUCAUUCGUGAGACCGGAGUCAACUCUGAUGGCAAGACGCCAGGCAUCACAAUGCCGAGCUCCGAGUCACAAGCACAACUUAUCCGGGACACGUACGCCAGGUGCGGGCUCAACCCAGCUCGUGAAUCCGACCGCCCACAGUACUUUGAAGCCCAUGGCACGGGCACGCAGGCGGGUGACCCUAUCGAGGCCCGGGCCAUCCAAAGUGUUUUCUUCCCUAACGAGAGGGUUGGCCAGCUCAUUGUUGGCAGCAUCAAAACAGUGAUCGGACACACUGAGGGCACCGCGGGAGUUGCCGGUGUGCUCAAGGCGUCGCUGGCAGUUCAACACGGCCAGAUUCCGGCGAAUCUUCAUUUCAAGGAUCUUAACCCUAAGAUCCAACCAUACUACACACACCUGCGCAUUCCGACUGAGACUACCCCUUGGCCGGCCGUUCCGAAAGGAUCUCCGCGCCGUGUUAGUGUCAACAGCUUUGGCUUCGGUGGCACAAAUGCCCACGCCAUCGUAGAGAGCUGGGAUGGCGCUGGCUCCCUCACAAACGGCUACGCGCUGAAUGGUAACACGCUGAAGCCACUAGGUGCAGGGCCCUUCGUCCUAUCUGCCAACUCCGGCCCAGCCUUGGCGGCAAAUGCUGGAGCGCUGGCCAGCUAUCUUCGCGCGCAUCCAGACACGGAUCUGGGCCGACUUGCCUACACUCUAUUCCGGAGGACAGACUUCCCGUUCCGAGCUGCCUUCUCUGCUACAUCUGCGGAGCAACUUACAGACAAGCUUGAAGCGGGUAAGGAUUCUCUUAAGAGCAGCUCGCGCACCGCUACCAUUCCCGAGGUCCUGCCGCCCAGGAUAUUGGGCGUUUUCACCGGCCAGGGUGCCCAGUGGGCUACCAUGGGAAAGGAGCUUUAUGGCGCUUCGAGUGUUUUCCGUAGCGCCAUAGACCAGAUGCAGCGGGCUCUCGGCUUGCUUCCCGUUGAAGAUCGCCCCGACUGGUCCCUAGUCGACCAACUUGACACGCCAGCGGCGAGUUCUCGCGUUAGCGAGGCGGUUGUUUCCCAGCCUCUCUGCACUGCUAUUCAAGUCGCUCUAGUUGAUGUCCUGCGUGCCGCUGGUGUCGAGCUCUCCGCUGUUGUCGGACACUCAUCUGGCGAGAUUGGCGCUGCAUAUGCUGCCGGCUACCUCGACGCCACCGAUGCGAUCCGGGUCGCAUACUAUAGAGGUUUCCACUCCCACCUCGCGCGAGGGCCGGGAGGGAAGCGCGGCAAGAUGAUGGCGGUCGCCAUGUCGUUGAACCAAGCGACUACUUUCUGUCGCGGGUUCUGCGGGGCGCUUGUCGUAGCUGCCAGUAACUCUCAGACGAGCUGCACCUUGGCAGGCGAUGCCGAAGCUAUCGAAGAUGCCCACGCUUGGCUGCAGGAAAACGGCACCUUUGCCCGUGUGCUGCAGGUCGACACGGCGUAUCAUUCUCAUCACAUGAAGCCAUGCGCUAUUCCUUAUCUCGAGUCCAUGAAACAGUGUGGGGUCACAAUUCAGAAGGGCCGAAAGCAGUGCCAGUGGUAUUCGAGUGUUUGGGGAUCGGAUGGCCGCAGCCGGUCAUUCAACCAGGCUGAUAGCUUGCUUCUCGAGGGCCAGUACUGGGUCGACAACAUGACGCAGCCGGUGCUUUUCAGUCAAGCACUGGCGAGAGCCCUGAACGAAGACCAGUACUUUGAUCUUGCUCUCGAAGUUGGACCACACCCUGCUCUCAAAGGGCCAAGCUCCGAGACUAUCAAAAUGUUGACCGGCCUCUCCCUUCCGUACUCAGGAGUUCUAAACCGUGGACAGAGUGCGGUCUCGUCAUUUGCAGAUGCCCUGGGGCUUCUCUGGACGUCUUUCCCAUCGUCGCGACCACUAAUCACCUUUAACGGUGUACGCAGGGCUUUCUCCAGCCGCGAGCCGCUGAAGCUUACCGUUCUGAAAGGUCUCCCAGCUUACUCGUGGGACCAUACAGGCCUCAUCUGGAAGGAGUCGAGAACAUCCCGUAGCUUCCGCGCUCAGAGCCAACCUCGUCACGAGCUUCUGGGUCAUUCUGUCACUCACGGCGAACGUGAUAAGCGCGAGGUGCACUGGAAACAGCUCCUGAGGGUGAACGAGCUCCCAUGGUUAGCCGGCCACAGAAUUCAGGGCGAAAUUUUGUUUCCGGCGUCUGGCUACUUGUCGAUGGCUUACGAGGCCGCCAUUCGAUUAGUCGACGACCGGCAGUCACUGCGUCUCGUGGAAAUACACGAUAUCGACAUUGUGCGUGCCAUGCGGCUCGAACAAGACUCCUCGGGUCUUGAAGUUGUCUUCACGGUUCGCGUUACUUCCCAGUCGGAUGACCGCAUUACCGCCGAGGUUGCCUGCUACAGCGGUGCUGUUGACUCGGUUCAGCCUUUAGAUGCCCCUCAAGGCGGACUAACAGUCCAUUUUACUGGAGGUGUGCGGCUUUUGUUCGGCGAGCCCAAUCAGGACGCCUUGCCUCCACGGAAAACGCCUCUGCUUCCCAUGGACACUCUGGACAUGGAGCAACUGUACUCAAGCCUCGCCAAAGAGGGCUUCAACUACGCCGAACUGUUCCAGGCAAAGUCAAUGCUCCGGCGGCUCCACCGUGCCGUGGUGACCGUGUCAUCACCUCCUGAGCCCUCUUCGAUGCGCGUGUGCAUGCAUCCCGCCCCCGUUGAUACUGCCUUCCAAGGUCUAUUGGCUGGCUUCUCUUUCCCGGGAGAUGGUCGUCUCGGGAGCAUCUAUCUGCCCACGCGGGUUGAAAGUGUCAGGAUCAGCAUGAUACCCUCCGGGUCGCAUGGCACUGCCCUCACCGCCGACGCUACCGUGACCUCAACGGGUAAAACCACUUUAACAGGCGAUGUAGACCUCUUUGACGCGGCGGAUGCGCGCAACCUAGUGCAAAUCCGUGGAAUUCACCUGAGCGCCGUGGGGCAACGCCGGGACCCCUGGCUCUACGCAGGCACCACGUGGGGAAGGGAUGUCAGCUGCGGAAUUGAGGAGAGUGCCAGGACCAAGCUCUCGGAAGCGGACUGGGUGCUAUACGAGCAACUCUCACGCACGGCCUACUUCUUCCUGCGUCAGCUCCGCAAGAAGAUCCUGCCCCAGGAACUGAUGCUGAUGGGCAAGUACCGGAGACACAUGAUGACUUGGGUCCUUGAGCACCUACUCCCCGAGAUUGAAGCAGGUGACCAUCCAGACAUUCGGCCUGAGUGGAAGGAUGACACGCUCGAGAUGGUGCAGCAAUGGCGUUCCAGCCAACCGCCGGACAACAACGAUAUGAACAUUCUUCACGCCAUGGGGAAGAAUCUGGUCGGCAUUGUCCGCGGAACCAUUCCUCCCCUCAGGGUGCUUACACAGGACGGCAUGCUCGACCGUCUGUACGUGGAAGGACUCGGUGCCAAGGACGGUAACAAUGAUCUUGCCGGCGUUGUAAAGCAGCUUGCCCAUCAAUAUCCGCGCAUGCGUAUCGCCGAAGUGGGAGCUGGCACUGGCGGCACUACACGGGCGGUCCUAGAUGCCUUAGGGAAUCAAUAUGCGUCCUACGCAUACACGGAUAUAUCCACCGGUUUCUUCGAAAAUGCCCGCACGGUGUUUGGCCAGCAUAGCAGCAAGCUCACUUUCAAGACGCUCAAUAUUGAAAACGAUCCAGUAGGCCAGGGAUUCCCCGAAGGAACGUUCGACAUGGUCAUUUCCUCAAAUUGUUUGCAUGCGACACGAAGUCUUGGGGAAACUCUACGUCAUUGCAGAAAGCUCCUCCGACCUGGUGGCCGCUUGGUAUUGCUGGAGAUCACCCGAGACUUCCUGCCUACACAGCUGAUUAUGUCCACACUGCCUGGAUGGUUCCUGGGCAUAGAAGACGGCCGAGUCUGGGCUCCCACCGUCAGCCUCGAGCGAUGGGACGAGCUGCUGAAGGCCAACGGGUUCUCUGGGGUGGAAGUAUUCUCGACGCCUUCCUUUUGUUCCGUUAUUGUGGCUCAGGCAGUCGAUAAGACAGUACAUCUCCUCCGCCAACCGCUUGCUGUUGCUCCAACAGCGCUUCCGCCAUUGGGCGACAUUCUCGUCGUCGGUGGUGGUGCAAUUUCGGAACUUGCUUCCCAAAUUCAGAAAGUCUUGCAGGCUGUUGCUCAUUCCAACACUGUCGCCGUACUGCCGGGACUCGAAGGCAUCGAGGUACCCAAGGGAGCAGCUGUGCUCUGUCUUAGCGAUCUGGAUAGCCCUGUGUUCCGCGACAUGAACUCGAAGAGAUUCAAAGGGUUGCAGAACGUCAUGGAGACAGCAGAAGCGGUUCUGUGGGUGACCUCAGGUGCGAAGUCAGGCAGGGAUCCUGACGCCAACAUCACUCUGGGAUUGUCGAGUACGUUGCGAGCUGAGCGCAUGGAUCUCAGGCUCCAAUUCCUCGAUGUCGAUGAGCCGUCGUCUGUUGAUCCGUCUAUGCUGGCAAAUAUGCUUCUCCGUCUCGCCUUCCAGGACCCGUCCAAGACCGACGAACUGCUGUGGAUCCAAGAGCCGGAGCUUUCCCUAAAAGAGGGCGCCCUCUACAUACCCAGGGUGCUAUCUCUUGACACCCUUAACCGUCGAUCCGCCGCAAGGCACCGACAAGUCACGCAGCUUACCAGCCUUGGGUCCGAGAACAUGGCUGUGGUGCUCGAUGAGCGCCAGGGAGCAUUUGAGCUGCAGGCUGUUCCUCUUAGCGGCGCCGGAGAAGAUGAGAUGCGCCUGCAGGUCUUGGCUUCUUCAAUUCGCACCAUGACCUGUGACGGGGACGGGCCGGUGUAUAUGUGCAUCGGUCGGGACCUUGUUUCCGGAGACAAAGUCCUCGCUCUUUCAGCUGUGAACAGCUCACUGGUCAAGGUUACCGAAAAUCACAUUUUGUAUCGCUGGCAGGACGACAAGACCACCGCUGAAGACACCGCACAUCUGCACCUCUUCCUGGUACGCGCACUUGCUAAACACCUUCUCGGCGGCUUAAAAGGGCCUACGUGGAUUCACGGCGCACCGGAUGACCUCCGCGAGGCUAUCAACGUGGUUGCUCGCGAGCAGGGCGUCGCCGUGUUCCAAACCACUUCGGAUAUGGCGAUGACUUCGAACGUCAAUUUCAUUCAUCCUUACGCGAACAAGGAAGAUCUGCAGGAUUUGCACCCCAAAGACCUACAGAAUUUUAUCAACCUAGCGAGCCAACAGCAAAGGACGUUGUCUGCGCUCAUUCGUGCUUCUUUGCAUGCCUCGACCAUCGUGAACAAGGAAGUCGCGAGCCUGACCGCCAGUUUGAGCCUCCCUGAACUCUGCAUCCUGGCCAAGCAGAGUAUGGAUGAUGGCCUGCAGGUCCCCACGGAGUCUGUUGAAUAUGUAGCCAUCGACAAAGUCUCAACCGCGACAGGCAAGAAACUGGGCCCUGCAGCUGUGGUUGAUUGGAGUGCUGCCGAUACUGUCAGCGCCCUGGUCCGCCCUCUCGAGCACCGCGGGCUGUUUGCUCGCGACAAGACAUACCUUCUUUGCGGUAUGACAGGAGACUUAGGCGUCUCGGUAUGCCUGUGGAUGGUAGACAACGGAGCCCAGAACGUGGUCUUGACCAGCCGAAACCCUAACGUCUCUCCUAGUGUCCUUGACUACCUGUCGCGCAAGGGAGCUACAGUGCGACCAAUGGCCGUAGACAUUUCAAACAUGAAUUCUCUCCGCUCUGCUUACAGCGACAUUAAGUCUAGCAUGCCGCCUGUCGGGGGCGUUAUGAACGCCGCCAUGGUGCUUCAGGAUCGCCUUUUCCAUCAUUUAUCCUGGGAGGAUUUCGCUGCCGUGUUGGCGCCUAAGAUUGUGGGAUCCAAAAACCUUGACGAGCUCUUUGGCAACGAACAGUUGGACUUCUUUGUAUGCUUCUCAUCGACGACAUCGAUUGUCGGAAGCAUUGGUCAGUCUGCCUACGCUGCCGCGAACCACUACAUGGCUAGUCUCGUCCAGCAACGACUCCAGCGUGGGCUGGCUGGCUCUGUCCUCCACAUUGCCAUCCUGACGGGCUUUGGAUACAUUUUCAGGCGUGAUUCCGAGCACGCUGAGACCAUCUACAAGGCCAUUCUUCCCCGGUUUGACAGGCAGUCGGAGACGGACCUGCACGAAAUGCUGGCCGAGGCAAUAGUUUGUGGACGUCCUGGCUCGGCCCAGUCCGCUGAGCUCAUUACUGGCAUCAGGACAGUCUUCCAGGGCGAUUGGCGUGACGACCCUCGCUUGUCCGGCUACAGCGGCCAGCAACAGCUGCAGGACGACGCUGGCCAAGAGCAAGCCGCCGGGUCUGUUAGCGUCAAGGAUCAGCUCGCUUCGGCCGAGGACGCUGCCGAGUGCCUGGUCAUACUCGAAGGCUGCUUCGCACUGUCCCUGGGCAACUUGCUUGAGAUCAACCCCGAGCAGCUGGACCACAACAUGCCCGUGGCCAACCUGGGCAUCGACUCUCUCGUGGCUAUCCGGAUCCGGGAAUGGUUCCUCAGAGAGAUGGGCGUCGAUAUGCCGGUGCUGAAGAUUAUGUCGGACAGCUACUCACUGUCGCGCAUGUGUGAUGAUGCCCUUGUGGAGUGGCGGAGACUUAACAAAUUUUAG